UAGUUGCGAUUUUAACGGCGACUCGCGCGCAUCAUCGGCGGUAACUUGAUUUUUUUGGCAUUGAAGUACGUCGGCUCCUAGUGGCUGCAUGCCAGUCAGUGCAUCUCAAACUGUAAUAGUUAUAGUAGUCCAUUCGAAGUGCAAGUGCUAGUUGGUGCCUUGAACUAAACGUUUAAUCUACUGCAAUAAGACCGUUAUCGGCUUUGGAUUAUUAAAGAUCUGCACAAUCUUCAAAUCAUUUGCCUUCGACGUGAUACCGAAAACUUGGCAAUUGUUGUGAUGACAGAAGCGUAUACUUUUAUCUGUGGAUCGUAAACUGUUUACAAGCAAUGGAGGCGUCUAAAAGAACAAACUAAUUUACAGCCAAUUGAAAUAUAGUAAAAACAACAGAAAGACGAUAAGCAAACAACUAUUAAAGCUGAAAUUUCCGCAAACAAUUUUUUGGAGCACACGAAAACAAUAGCAAUAACCACAAGGAAAAUAAACGUAAACCAUAAUUAUGACAAAAUGAGCGUAACAACAACAACAGCAGCAACAACAACAGAAACAACAUCAACAAGACAACAACAACAACAUUUUAUGAAGAGCAAUCACUGUUCCAGCCAAAACAUGAAAACCAACAACAAACUUAGCAGACCUUGCAGCUUAACAGCACCUGUCCUGUUUGUCUGCACUCUUCUGUUGCUUUUAGAGCGACACACAACAGAGGCCAGUGGCUUGCAAACUGUACAGAAGGCAGUGCCAGCGGGCAUCACACAUUGCGAGUACCAGGAACACAACAACACCUAUCGCAAGGAGCAGGGCGCUGUCUGGUUUGAUGCACAGGACAAUUGUCUGGUUUACAGCUGUGCCGCAGGAGUCGGAAAUGAGCCACAAGCUCACAUUGUCGUCACACCGAUUGACUGCAGUGAAUUCUACUGCGAUGUGGGCACCGAACUGCGCAAAACUCCAGGCAGCUGUUGUGGCGAAUGUGUGCGCACCCAUUGCCAGCACAACAACACCCUGUAUGCGGUGGGAGAGGCGUGGCACAAUGAUGCGGACUGCACAUUGCUGGAGUGCAAUCGCCUGGACAAUGGAGAGAUUACCAUUGACAGCUAUAAGCGCAACUGUCGACCCAUUGAUCCUCAGUGUCCAUCGUGGCGCAUCGAGAGGAACAACUGUUGUCCCGUCUGUCGCCCGCUGGCAACGUCGCGAGUCGAACAGUUGGACGAUGACACAAAUAGUCCAGAAGAUAUUUGGACAGCCGAAUGGUAUCGCCAGCAUCCGUGUCGACGUGAUUGCCAAGCGGAUGCGCCACCCAUGACCUGUCACUACACAUUUGUGGUCGAAUGGUAUCAGACGUUCUCGAAGGCCUGCUUCGACUGUCCCCUCAAUCUCACCGAUUGCUCACGGCCGCACUGCAUCAUGGGCGAUGGCCUGCAACGCAGCAUUACCGUUGUGAAUCGCAUGAUGCCGGGCCCAGCGAUUGAGGUGUGCGAAGGCGAUCAGAUCGUCGUGGAUGUGAAGAACAAUCUGCUGGGCGAGAGCACCACCAUUCACUGGCACGGUCUCCAUCAGAAGUCGACGCCCUACAUGGAUGGUGUGCCGCACAUUACUCAGUGCCCCAUUUCGCCACAUGCCACCUUUCGUUACAGUUUUCCUGCGGACAAUUCCGGCACGCAUUUCUGGCAUUCGCACACAGGAAUGCAGCGAGGUGAUGGCGUCUUUGGCUCACUGAUUGUGCGACGGCCAAAGAACUCCGAUCCUCAUGGUGGCCUCUAUGAUUUCGACCUCAGCGAGCAUGUGCUGGUUGUCCAGGAUUGGAUUCACGAACCGGGUGCCAGCAUUUUUGCGUUCCAUCAUCAUUCGAGUGGCGACAACAAACCGCACAAUAUUCUCAUCAAUGGACGGGGUCGAUACUACAAUCGCAUUUGGGCAGACAUGAAGAGGCAACAUCGUAUGGCCUCCCAAGCUCAGGUGGCGUCGCCAAUUCUAAUGCCAUUGAAUCUUGGUGCGGCCCAGAGUGAGGAGAAGACAGAUGAGCCAUCCAUAAACAGCUCAGAAAGUGAUGAUCAAGCUGACAAAAUAACAACACUAAAGCCAAUGGAAACGGAAAGCGAGAUAAAGAAUGAACCAAGUGAAUCAAAACUCGCAGAGAUGCCGACCACAAACCAGACUUCUGGAUCAACGUCCAAUGGGACCGCGCAUUCACGGAAGCGUCGAUCAAAUCUGCAUACGAUCCCCUUGGAGCAAAUUCCACAUCAGGUGUAUCAUGUUAGGAGAGGCUUCAGGUAUCGGUUUCGCAUUGUGAACGCCGAGUACCUCAAUUGUCCGAUCGUUGUGUCCAUCGACAAUCACACGCUGACGGCGAUCAACUCGGAUGGCUACGAUAUCGAGGCCAUGGAGGUGGGCUCCAUUGUCACCUAUUCGGGUGAACGUUUCGAUUUCGUGCUCAAUGCCAAUCAAGAAGUGGACAACUAUUGGUUGCGCCUCAAGGGCCUCAUGGACUGCAGCGAACGCUUCACAUCUGCCUUCCAGGUGGCCAUAUUGCGCUACGAAGGUGCCCCGGAUGAGGAGCCCAGUGCCAAGCUUGGCUACGAUCAUAAUGCCACUGGCAUUGAGUUGAAUGUGAUGAAUCGUGGACCUGGCUAUGCAGAUACCAAGACGGUGGCCGAAAUGCGAGCGUUGCCCAUCUACGACACGAUCUCCGGGAUCGAUGAUGACACUUUGAAACCAGAGGCUGAUUACAAGUUCUUUGUGUAUUACGAUUUCUAUCGCAAGGAUAAUCCCGAAUUCCAUAAUGCUGACUACUACAGCAUGGAUGCAAAUGUGACCCAAACGAAUCGGUUGUACACGCCACAAUUGAAUCACAUCUCCCUGAAGUUCCCUUCGGUUGCGUUGUUGCCACAACGCAAUCAACUAACCGAUGAGAUGUUCUGCAAUGAAACAUCGCUUGCAGAGCAGGGCAUCGAUUGCCGGGAAAAGUUCUGCAAGUGCCACCAUGUGCUGCAGGUGCCAUUAAAAGCGGUAGUUGAACUGAUCAUUGUGGACGAAGGCUUCACCUUCUAUGCCAAUCAUCCGUUUCAUCUGCACGGCAAUGCUUUUCGGGUCAUUGGACUCGAACGUCUCGGCGAGAAUGUCACUAUUGAAAUGGUUAAGCAACUCGAUCAGUUUAAGCUGCUCAAGCGCAAUUUUGAAAAUCCGCCUGUGAAGGACACAGUCACCGUGCCCGAUGGCGGUUACACAAUCAUCCGCUUCGAGGCCUACAAUCCCGGCUAUUGGCUCUUCCAUUGCCACAUCGAGUUCCAUGCUGAGAUCGGCAUGGCUUUGGUCUUCAAAGUUGGCGACAAUGAUGAGAUGCAGCCGAUUCCUCGUAACUUUCCCACUUGUGGUGACUAUGUGCCUGACUCAAGAGCGGAUCUGGAGUCGUCGUCUACUGCCGAUAAUCCUUCCAGCUUGCCAACUACUCCCGCACCCAGUACAGAUGCCUCAUCCAGAGUUUUCCACUCGCACUUGCCUUUGAUGUACCUUUUGCUCAGCUUGUGUUUGCUUUUAGGCUGCCAUCGCUGAGCAAUAAGUUUAAUAUUUAUGCUAUCAUGACACUAGCUCAAAUUUCACUCACUUUAAGCACUCAUGAGCAACAAUUAUGCUUCGGCACACCGAAGAUUCAAUACUCUUGCAGAGAAGUUUCAAUAAGCAAU